AUUAUGCAUUAGCGGUGUGAGUGAGUACACAUUAGAUUCCCCUUUCUCCAGUUGACAACUCACGCGCUUUUCUCUCUCUCUCUAUGGCUUUGUCUGGCACAAUCUCUUUCGCUAAUGAAGUCUAAAUAGGAAUUGGAGUUACAUGUUUCUGAAUCUCUCUGUCUCGGAUACCAAACACUCUCAUUCAAAAGGCGGUACAAGAAAAAUUACAUAUUCAAGAGAAACCCUAACUAUGGUCUUAGGGUUUCGAAUUUCGAUUUGUAAUUUACUCGAGAGGAAUCUUUGAGAAUUGAUAUUGAAGUAGCAUUAAUAAUAUGGGAGGAGAAGAUAUUAGUCGAGAUAAGGACAAUCCAUGGCAAUCGCCAAACAGACCUUAUCAAGAGAAAGCAGAGUAUAUGAAACUUUGGGGAGUAUUUCUAUUCGGUCUAAUUGGCGCCACUGCUACCACUUUCGCUGUUGGUCAGCUGCGGAGGACUCUUGAAUGGUUCAAUACUCAGUUAAAACGGUCACAGUCAUCAUGGAAAGGAGGAACUGGCAGUUCUUUCCGGUCAACUUUUCAGGAGGAAGCAUGGAAAAGGAACAAUCGACGAAUGCAAGAGGAAUAUGAAGAGGAAAGGGAGAGAGUAGAACGAAUAAGGCGCAUGCAAAGUGUGUUUAAUAGAGAGAGGAACAAGUACAAGAGAAGCUAUGAAAGCUGGAGGGAAAAUGGUCCAGGUGCAUAUCAUCAGCAUUUUCAGCGAGAUGAUUGGUAUUGGAAGGCUGAAGCAUCCUUCAGGGAACAGAGGACUAACUUCAGGACUCCAAGAGAGAAUGCAAGCUACCCAUUGUCAUAUCAUUACUCAGUUCUGGGCCUUGAUAGGUCCAGAAAAACACCAUAUACAGAAGCUGAGAUUAAGAAAGCUUUCAGGGUCAAGGCAAAGGAGUUCCAUCCAGAUCAGAACCAAGAUAAUAAAGCGGCUGCGGAGGCAAAGUUCAAAGAGGUAAUGAUAUCCUACGAGGCUAUUAAGCAAGAAAGAAAGGACAUGAAAGCAUGAACUGGCCGACUGCUACAGGGAGUGCACGGGCCUGGAAGAAUGUCGCUCAUUUGUCAAUCCCAACCAUGAUUGUUUUCUUUCCUGCUUAAAAUUCAAUUAACUGCAAUUUAAUUUUGGGGCGAAUUAAUGGUGUAUUAAUAGGUUCGUAUUUAGGGAGAGGAAAUACGGAUUUCUAUUUAACAAAAAAAAUCUAGAUAUAAAUGAGGGCAACUAAUGUAUUUAUUUAUGCAGAGCCCUUCCGAAAUGUGUUUUGACCUAAUUUCAGGAAUUAUGUAAAAAUAUAAUUCAUUAUGUUCAAACAUUAAACAAAUUACAUGAAUAAUUAAAGAAUAAUAUAUACACACGUGUA